AAAUGAUAAGGUCAAUAUUUUGCCCUCGUCGAGCGGUAGAUAUUUAACUUGCUAUGAAAUACUGAGGUCCUCCCUACUGACAACUUAAUCUUCAAUCUUCAGCGGAAGACCUUCAGUAAACAUCCAAAAUUAACCUCGAGCUACACAGUCUAAUUAAAGGAUAAUAACUCUAAGGCACACGGUUAAGGCGUUUCACCAAUAUUAUGUUUACGAGAGAACUUUUCAAUACAAAUCCACAUAACAUAGCUCAAAUAUCUAAAACCAGACAGAAUCUGGAUUUAUUUAGGCCACAAACAUCUCUUGGGAAUAACAGUGCCGCUUCUAACAGCUUACACCGUAACAUGAUAAUCUCAAAUGUGGCUGGACGACAUUACUCACAGAAUGAAUCCUUUUGUUUUUCAGAAAUACCUCCCACCCACUAUAAAAUGUCUGACUGCAGUUUAAGAGUUAUCUCUACGCAAAUAAGAAGAAUUCGAGGGAUUUGUACUUAUUUAUCAAAGAAUAUUAAUUGUCCAUUUCUUUAUGAAACAUACGGACGUUGUAUAUCGAAAGGUGAAACUUUCACCAACAUACCAGGAAUGUGUUUUAUCUUGCAAGAAAUCGGCCACAAACAAACGGUUAACUGUGCCUUAUAUGACUUUGAUGAGAUACUACCUGAUAUUGAGGUUGGAAGUAUAUACAGAUGCGUUGGGCGAUACCAUUGUCUAAAGCUUAUAUACCAGUGCUUCACUGUGGAGAAACUGAAUGAAAACGAAAUAAGUCUCAUGGAGUCCUUUCAAUACCAAUCAAACUUAGAACUGGUAGAACUAAUGAAACCAAACAAAGAUGCACAGAGUUCUCGAAAAGUUCGCCGAACAGCGUGGAGACCCAACUCAAUAGCUAAACCGCCUGCUCCCAAACAUUUUGUUCCCUU